AUGGCCCCCAAAACAUCCUGCUUGCUUUCUCUCCAGUUUUUUACUGCGCAGGCGCCAACGAAGUCCGGAAAACAUGUGCUCCCUUCCGCCCUACCCUCCGCCAUAGCAGAAGAGUUGCGCAAUGUAGUGCUCCUCGGAGGCCGGGUGUUCUUAGUGCGCACGCGCCUUAUUCCAAGCUUCCGUUCUCUCUUCAAUUCUCCUUUCAAUUCCUGUUCUUCCUUUCAUUCCUUCCGGGUCAACCUGGCAAUUGGCAUAGCAACCUUUCCCUGGCUCGGGUGGGAGGCGAAGGUUUGGAGGAGCCUCAGCUUCCGGUGGAGUCGAAGUGCUGGGGCCCGAGGCGGCCCCAGGGGAAGCGCAGGCACCAUGGCUCGAAAUGCAGAAAAGGCCAUGACGGCCUUGGCGAGAUUUCGCCAAGCUCAACUUGAAGAGGGGAAAGUUAAGGAACGGAGACCUUUUCUUGCCUCUGAAUGUAAUGAGCUACCCAAAGCUGAGAAAUGGCGACGACAGAUUAUUGGGGAGAUCUCAAAAAAUUGGCACAAAUUCAUAAUGUGGGCUGCAGCUGGUUUAGGUGAAUUCAGAAUUCGAGACUUGAAUGAUGAAAUAAAUAAACUCCUAAGAGAGAAAGGACACUGGGAGGUUCGGAUAAAGGAACUGGGAGGUCCUGAUUAUGGAAAAGUUGGCCCUAAAAUGCUAGACCAUGAAGGGAAAGAGGUUCCAGGAAAUCGAGGUUAUAAAUAUUUUGGAGCAGCUAAAGAUCUACCUGGUGUCAGAGAGCUUUUUGAAAAAGAACCCCUUCCGCCUCCAAGAAAGACUCGAGCUGAGCUCAUGAAAGCUAUUGAUGCUGAAUACUACGGUUACCGAGAUGAAGAUGAUGGCAUUUUGGAACCUUUAGAGCAGGAGCAUGAAAAGAAAGUCAUAAGAGCAGUAGAAAAGUGGAAGGCUGAGAGGGAGGCCCGACUUGCCCGAGGAGACAAAGAAGAGGAGGAGGAAGAAAUAAACAUCUAUGCUGUGAACGACGAUGAGUCUGAUGAGGAGAGUGCCAAGGAGAAAGAAGGAGAAGAAGGGCAGCAGAAGUUUAUUGCUCACGUCCCAGUGCCCUCCCAGCAAGAGAUCGAGGAGGCUCUUGUACGAAUAAAGAAGAUGGAACUCCUGCAGAAGUAUGCCAGUGAAACACUCCUGGCCCAGAGCGAGGAGGCGAAGAGGCUUCUUGGAUUUAGGAGCCCAGCAUCGCCUGGACUGAGUUCCUCGGAGGUUCAAAAUACACUCAUCAUCCACCCAGUUUUUGUUCACUAACAGCUAUGAGCCAUCACAGCUGGUUAAAGAUGGUCCUUGCCAGUAACUUUCCUGUUAGCUUUGGGGAUUUGCUGUAUUCGUAUUUUUCAUGUAGUUCCAUCCUUGAGUCAUAAAAAUGUUUUUUUUUUUUCAUCCAAAAGGUGGUCUGUAGGGGCAGCUAGGUGGCACAGUGGCUAGAGCACCAGCCCUGGAGCAAGAGUACCUGAGUUCAAAUCUGGCCUCAGACACUUGACACUAGCUGUGUGACUCUGGGCAAGUCACUUAACCCCAAUUGCCUCACCAAAAAAAACCCCAACAAAACCCAAAAGAUGGUCUGCAACUGUUUGGGUAUGCUGUCCCUGAAUGUUUCCUGGUUGGGUUGUUCACGUGCCUUGAACAUUUCAGCAAUUUAUUUUGUAUAGAUAUUUUUAUUACUGUAUAAAUGAUUUUGCUUUUGAAGUUUGUAAUAUCUGAUCACUGUGAAGAUAUUUUAUUAAAUACUUU